UUCCAGGCACAAGUUUUAACAGAGCCAUUAAGGACGCGAAUCUGAUCCGCAAGGAGCUAUUGACGCUGAUAAAAGAGAGGAAAAUGGCUGUACAACAAAAAAACAAAGACUCGAUCAUCAUUCGAGACCUGCUGUCACACUUGCUCGUCACACCAGAUGAGGAUGGCAAGCUCAUGAAUGAUGUGGAAAUUGCUGACAAGAUCAUAGGCCAACUCAUUGCCGGCUAUGAUACUGCGUCGACUACCAUUACUUUCAUCCUCAAGUAUCUUGCUGAGCAUCCCCAUUUCUACGAUGAAGUCUUCAAAGAACAAAUGGAGAUAGCAAAAUCAAAAGAACCAGGACAAUCGCUAAAUUGGAGGGACAUCCAACAAAUGAGGUACACUUGGCAUGUAGCAUGUGAAGCAAUGAGGCUAGCACCACCUGCUCCACUAGCUUUCAAGGAGGCUUUAACCGACUUCACUUUUGCGGGUUUUACUAUUCCAAAAGGAUGGAAGACAUGUUGGAGUGUGCACUCAACUCACAAAAAUCCUGCAUUCUUCCCAAAUCCAGAGAAAUUUGAUCCAACAAGGUUUGCAGGAGAUGGACCGUUACCAUUUACUUUUGUACCGUUUGGAGGAGGACCUCGGAUGUGCCCUGGAAAAGAGUAUGCCCGAUUGGUUAUACUUGUUUUUGUGCAUAAUCUGGUGACAAGGUUCAAAUGGAGCAAGUUAAUCCCAAAUGAUAAAAUAAUAUUCAAACCAGUACCAUUUCCUGAAGGUGGCCUCCCAAUUUGCCUCCACCCUCAUAAAAAUUGAAGCCACAUUGCCACUUAGUAACUCAAUAAUAUAGGUUGGUUAUGUAUUAGCUAAUUUCUUUGCAUGAAUGUUUGUCGUUGCAUGAAUAUUUGUUGGAUCUGUCAUAUUGUACUAUAUAGAAUGAAAAGUGAACCUAUUCCUUUAGUUGUAUUUUGGUCUUUCUGAAAGCUUAGAAAAGAGUGUCUGAUGGUCUUGCGAAUAUGGGAGUGCAUCAUGGAGAAAAUCUGGUAGUUCUAGAAGACCCACCCAAUGAUCUUGUUAGUCUGCUUGUUGCAGACAUAGUUGGCCUCUCUUGUGAAAGGGCUUAAGCUUGUUUAGCCCUCCUUUUGGUUUGUUGUUUGCUGUUUCUUUUUUCCUUCUGUAAUCCUUCUUUUGAAUAAAAAAAAAAAGAAGAAAUGAGUGUCUCUUCAAUGUGGUUCA